AUGGCUCCUUCAAGAACAGACUCACUGGAGGCCUCGAGCGUCGCCAGUCCCAAGCCAAGCAAGAAGCCCAGCAUGUACCUCCUAGAAGUCUUCCCCGAGGACUCUAUUCGCUAUUGCCAGACUCUCUUCAACACCAUCCUCCCGACCGAUCCAGAAGUUGAACAUUGGCGCGAGAACGCCGACGCCAUCCUUGUGAGAGAAAAGGUCAUCUCGGCUCAAGAUAUUGCGGCUGCUUGCAGGCUUCGGGCCAUUGGGAAGCAAGGAACUGGCAUCGACAUCAUUGAUCAAGAGGCCUGCAAGAAACGGGGGAUUCGCAUCUGCAAUACCCCGGGGGUGAACGCCGAAUCUGUCGCUGAGUUGGUGCUUGCUUUGACCAUGACUAUAGCACGCCAGCUCCGGAGCAUCUCAGUUCGUCAGGCGGCUGGAGAGGAGGUCAGAAAGGAGCAUUGCUCUGGAGUCAUGCUCAAGCACAAGUCAAUUGGCAUUAUUGGUAUGGGUGCUAUCGGUUCUGCUGUAGCCCGCAUGUUCCGCGCCGCCUUCGACGCGCGCAUCUUUGCCUACGAUCCGUUUGCGCCGGCGAAUGCGUGGGGAGAUAUUCCCCACACCCGAGUACAAGACUUGGAAGAGAUGCUACCACAAGUGGACAUGCUUACGCUGCACAUCCCACUGAACAACCAGACAAGAGGCUUGAUAGGUGCGAUGCAGCUGGCUGCGAUGAAAUCAGAUGCCAUCCUCAUCAAUGUUGCUCGCGGAGGCAUUGUGGAUGAGGAAGCACUAAUUGAGGCACUAAAUAAUGGACGGCUGUUUGGAGCGGGACUGGACUGCCACGAUGAGGAGCCUCCAACUUUGCAGAGGUACGAGAGGCUGUGGAAAACGGACAGGGUUAUGAGCACACCGCACAUUGGCGCGACGACUAGGGAAACCGUCAUCAGGACGGCCACAGCGGCCAUGGAUAAUGUCUAUGCAUACCUCAAGUCAGCUGAUAUGAAGUAG